UCUAAGUCAAACGAGUUACACGCAGCUCACUCUGUCCACACACCGUGGGCUGCACAUACGCGCGAACCGCUUUAACGUUUCCUGCUUUCGCCGUACCCGCCCAUAGGAAUUCAACGAAUACCAGUGUUGAACGCAUAGUGACAGUUUCGCGAUACGAGAAACAACAUUCGUUGGAAAUUUCUUUCCUCUUUCCGGUUUGUUCGACGAAAAGAACAGAAUUUCGUAGCGCAUCCACGAGUGCCGAUACAGGACUUAUAUCGUACGAGUAUUACGAGUAUUGUGGGAAUUGAAUUUCCCCACAGAGCUAGAAUUCGAGAAAGACACGAAGAUAGAGUGACACAGAAAUCCGGAUAAUACCCGGAUUGAACACGCAGCGAUUAAACGAACGCAACUUUCGCCGCGAGCUUUUGAUCCAGCGAAUAAUUAGAAGAGUAUACGUUUCGAAGUAUCCUUCGUACACUCAACACCGAGGAAACGGAAUAUACUUCGUCAAGGACCGUGUUUUUUUAAUCGAUCGGUGGAACGGGAAAACAUUUUAUAAAUAUUUCUAGCCCGCUAUUUGCAGACGAGAAACGGUGCAUCGAACUCGAAGCUUGCAUCUUCUGACGAACCUUUGGAAUAAAAUUUGAUAUACCCGGGUAGAUCUGUCGGAGGACUGUUCCAGAAAAGGUGGUAUCAUCUAGGGGGAAUAGACAAACCUGAAAUAUACAUAGUUCAACGUGCUAAAAUAGAGAAUAUAUACAGAAUUUAAUUGAAUAAAGCUAUUAAAGACAACUCCAGAAGAAGGGAUCAUUUUGGGAUCUUUUUGUAUCGAAUAUACAAACUAUAUCAAACCAGAAAUAUACAUAAUCCAACGUGUUAAAAUAGAGAAUAUAUACACACAAAUAAAUAUAGAAUUUAAUAUACAUUGAAAUAAAACUAUUGAAGACAACUCCACAAGAGGUGGGACCUUUUUGGGAUCUUUUUGUAUCGAAUAUACAAACUAUAUCAAACCAGAAACACACAUAGUUCAACGUGUUAAAAUAGAGAAUAUAUAAACACAAAUAGAUAUAGAAUUUAAUUGAAUAAAACUAUUAAAGACAACUCCAUAAGAGGGGAUCUUUUUUGGAUAUUUUUGUAUCGAAUAUACAAACUAUAUCAAACCAGAAAUAUACAUAAUUCAACGUGUUAAAAUAGAGAAUAUAUACACACGAAUAAAUAUAGAAUUUAAUUGAAUAAAGCUAUUAAAGACAACUCCAGAAGAGGGGAUCUUUUUGGGAUCUUUUUGUCGAAUAUACAAACUAUAUCAAACCAUAUCAAACACCCAUAAUUCAACGUACCAUAUUUAUCGUGGAAAUUUGUCGAUUCUCACAGACCAAUAGAGAACAUAUAGAAAAUAUAAAUUAAUAUAGAAUUGAAUAAACUCUGAACAAAAUUAUUAAAUACAGCUUCAAGGGAGGUCUUUUCUCGAGAUACAAACAAUACAAAAGAUUUUGAGAGGGAAAUUCAAAGUCCUUGGUGGAAGAUCUAUACUCAAAAGUUCAUAGUGGCGCCAAAAUUGCAAACUCGAAGGCAAUACCACAGUGAGAACACGAUCCUCGAAGCAUAAGGGAAGCGUCCUCGGUCGAAGGCUACGCGGCGCAAGUUCAACACCCGGAGGGAAUUAAACAGCGUCGAAUCGCACGCGAAGGCAUUAAUGUCGGGCGAUUUGUUCGCAGCGAACCGACGGAAUUAACAGCGAUUCGGUCCUCCAGCCACUUGGCGGAGGCGUCGGGCGCCGAAGAAGCGUCCCUUUCGCGAAAAGAGAUAACUCGAAGCGUCCUUACCACGGAACGGAAGCAAAGAGUUUCUCGUCGAACGAAAUCCGGCCGGAGUUUAGAGCGUCGUUAGCCCGUUGAUUGCAUUUCCUGGGAGAUACUUUCGACGCUACGCGGUCUUUUCACGGUCGAAACCGUGAAGACUCCGAGAGAGUCGUUAGAAACGGUUCUCGACCAUCGAGAAAAGUUCGAAGGAUAUCGACUUCGUGGAAACUGUCGAAAGGUGUUCCAGCGGGGACGCGAAAGUUGAAUAAAAAAUAUAGAUGAGGGUAAUUGCGCGUAUCGCACGUACCGGAUCAAUGGAUACUCGCGAUCGAGAGAGGUUGAGUUAAACGAACUGGAGGAAAUCGGAAACCGGUGGACGCUGGUCCAGGAAACAACGAAAUCGAAAAUACGGAGUUAAAUGAGACGCAAUUUGGCAGAUGUACGAUUGCAGAAUCGAGUAAAACGAUCCACUGUGUAGACUUGGACGCGGAUAUAGCCAUUUUGGAGGAACUGUGUCGGCUGAAACUAAUUCCGGAGCAUCGAGAAAUGCUGGAACGCACCGGGGACGUAAAACUUGUACAGACACGUUAAAUCGACUGGAAAAUUAAUAAAAACGAGAUCUAAAGUUUUAUCAGGCCCGUUUCAACAUGUCGUUGCCGAAAAGCGAAGAACGGCAUUCUAUGCUGGGCUAUCAGCAUGUUAAUUACGCGAAGGUGAUUAAAGGAAACGAUGUUUGCGAAGAUAUUGAAAACAACAACAAAGACGACGCUUUCGAUAAAAAUGACGCGAAGCAGUAUUCAUCGAACGCGAAGGGCGUAUUUGCGCAGUUUAUGGUAUCCGGGGCCAUUUUGCUGCUGGCGGCUGGUGGAGGAAUGCCAAUUGGUUACAGUGCCGUUCUUUUGCCACAAUUGGCCGAAGACAAUGGCACAAUGCACGCGGAUCAGGAACUUGGAUCCUGGAUAGCCUCCGUUCACAGUUUAGCCACGCCCGUGGGAUCGUUACUGUCCGGUCCACUUUUGGACGCCAUCGGAAGACGUUCCUCUUUACAGUUGUCGUCCGUGCCAUUAUGUGCCGGGUGGAUCGUUAUGGGAUUCUCCAACAACAUAACCUGGCUCUUAAUAGGGAGACUCGUACUGGGGUUCGCUGUUGGUCUCAUGUCCGUGCCAGCUCAGGUAUUGUUGGGCGAAAUGGCCGACCCGAGGCUCCGUGGAUUUCUAACGGGUGGCUCGCUCACUUUUUAUUGUCUCGGUAUCCUCCUGGUAUACGCCCUCGGAGCCUCGUUUACUUGGGACGUGGUAGCCUUCUGCGGUACUGUACUUCCGGUUCUGGGGCUGAUUGCGUUAACCAUGAUCCCUGAAAGUCCCGUUUGGCUCGUGAGGCGAAAGAAACACGGCAAGGCCAGGAAAGCUUUGCUGUGGCUAAGGGGAGGCAACAUGGAACAGGUUAAUGUUGAAUUAGCAGCGUUAGAGGCUCGAGCGAAAACGGAUUCGGCACGAAAGGUGAAGAAUUUGUCGUGGCUCGAGCAGGUUUCUUCAGCGAUCUCCACGAUCGUUGAUCCCAGCAUUUUGAAACCCUUGACGAUCAUCAAUGUCUUCAACAUUCUUCAACUCGUCAGUGGAACCUACAUCGUCGUAUUCUACGCGGUUGACAUCGUCAACGACAUUGGGGGUGACACCAUAAACAGCUAUUUAGCGGCAGUAUGCACAGCAGUUAUCAGAACUGUAUUCAGCUUCAUAGCGAGCCUGCUAUUAUUGAAACUGGGCAGAAGAUGCCUGGGGAUGUUAUCGGCCUUCGGAAGUGCCGCGGCCUCAUUAGUCAUCGCAGGAUACAUGAUAUUCAAGAACGAAUCGUCUUCUCUCGACGUUUACGUUGUUGGAAUCUGUUUGCUGAUAUACGUGGGAGCAAACACUAUGGGACUGAUGAUACUUCCGCCAUUGAUGAUCGCCGAGUUGCUUCCGCAAAGGGCACGCGGUAUCGGCGGUGGAUUCACCUUCUUUCUUUUCAAUCUGCUCAUCUUUUUCGUCACGAAGGUCUUCCCCGUGGUGAACGACAUUGUGGGGAUUACUGGAAUUUUCACAAUUUUUGGCGUUGGCGCGCUUCUGGAAGCCAUAUUUAUUUACGUUGCUGUACCGGAAACGAAGAAGAGCACAUUAGAAGAAAUCGAAGACUAUUUUCAGCAAGACAAUGUACUUUGGAUAACACGAUUAAGAGAAAGGAGAAGAGACGAGCCAUUUAUUACAAACAACCCUUAAAUUUGCGCGUCGCUUGAAUGAAAGAUUCGAAUGUGUAUAAUUGUGAUCGAACGAACGUUAACAUAAUUUUAUAUCGUCUAAGCAGUAUAUAAUAUUCGCUUAACCAUGUCAUAUAAGUACAUAGUAACUAAUUUAUUUUAAGGUAAUUCAAUUGUAUUAUAAAAAAGAAUUGUAUAAAGCGCAUCAAAUAUGAUAAUUAUUAUUCUAAGACAUUCUGUGCUUCUCUUCAUUAUCCUCAGCGGGUAAUAUCCUUUACAAACGAUCGAUCCUAUCCAAAAAUAUUUGUGGUGGUUAAAAAUAAAAUUUUGUAGAUACUCGAAAAAAAUCUGUUCUGAAAUUUAUUUGCAAAUUAAUAUCAAAAUUUCUUACCGUAAAUUCAAUUUCAUUUUACAUUUAAAAAUCUUCUGUCUUUACCAACUAUCACGAAAUAGCGAUAGAAGUAUGUUAGAAAGAAAAGAGCGCGAAUAAAUGAAAUAUUUCAUGUUCUGCUGUAUAAUAGUUCUAUUUUGUUCAUCGUUGACUUUACAAGGGGGACGAGGAGGAAACAGAAUGAAGGAACUCGCACGCCUAAACUGUAAAACACUUUUGCAUUUUACUCCUUUUACUCCGUAGAAACGUAAUUGUAUUCGUUAAACUGUAAUAUCUACAUAAAUACACCACGAAUAGUUUUCUUUUUUUAGAUGCACAUUGUCUUGGCGAUCGCGAUGACAAAAC